ACCAACAAAUGAAAGAUUCUUACAUAUUGCUAAAUGGGGCAUUUUACAAUACGUUGUAUUGAUACCACUUAUUACACUUACGACCCUGAUUACUGAAGCCUUGGGUGUUUAUUGCGCAGAAAGCAUGAGUUUUGUUUUUGCAAAAGUUUACUUAAAGAGUGCACAGAUUCUAAGUGUCACCGUUGCGAUGUUUGCUUUGAUUGUAUUUUAUUCAGCAAUCAAUGAAGCCAUUGCCUCAGAAAAGCCAUUUUUAAAACUACUUUGUGUUAAGCUGGUGGUUUUCUUUUCAUUUUGGCAAGCUGUUACUCUCUCAAUAUUGGAAAGUGCUG